AUGUCUCCGAACUCUUCAAAAGCUCGAUUGAAUCAAAUAAGCCCCAGACCUGGCGUUGGUGAAGCAGUGAAGGUGGAAAGCAAGAAUGUUGUACGCGAUGCUGUUUCAGUAGGAUCUGAAACUGAGGUUAAUGGCACGUCAAUAGCAAGAGAAAAACGAGAGGCAUCAUACGUCGGCUGGAAGCAAGUUGGUGACUGGGAGGAAAAGGACCAGUUGACCCCCGAGGAUCUUUUGGUGGACGUAAACAAAGACACGUUUCUAGGUAACGUUAUACCAGAUAAAUUGUAUGGCGACUGGUACCACGAGAUUGCUAUCCUCGCCAUAAGUGCCUUAAGUUCUUUCAUAUUAGGUUACUUCAAAUUCUCUCUAGCAUCCGUUCUUAUUGUGAUGUUUGCUACGGGAUUGCUUUAUAGAACUUCAUCAAAAAGAUAUAGGGAAUCAUUGAGGGAGUUAGCUCAGAAAGAACAAACUGUGGAGAAGAUUAGUGACGACUAUGAAUCAGUUGAGUGGCUUAACACCUUUCUAGAUAAAUACUGGCCUAUUAUUGAACCUUCUGUCUCACAACAAAUCGUCGAUGGCACAAAUACUGCUCUAUCUGAAAACGAGGCAAUUCCUAAAUUUAUUAAGGCCCUAUGGUUGGAUCAGUUCACACUGGGUGUGAAACCUCCAAGAGUUGAUGCCAUGAAGACGUUCCAGAACACAGCAUCUGAUGUUGUAGUCAUGGACCUAUGUCUGUCAUUUACUCCGCACGAAAUGUCAGAUCUUGACGCCAAACAAUGCAGAAACUAUGUAAAUUCUAAUGUCUUAUUAAAAGCAAAAAUAUUUGGAAUGGACAUACCAGUAUCUGUUGCCGAUGUUUCCUUUCAAGUUUCCGCUAGGUUCCGUUUCCAACUAAUGACCACCUUGCCACUUGUUGAAACUAUAAACGUCCAAUUGUUAGAGAUACCUGAAAUUGAUUUUAUUGGUCGCUUAUUAGGUAAUUCGGUUUUCAAUUGGGAAAUAUUGGCUAUUCCUGGUCUCAUGAGAUUGAUCCAAAAAAUGGCUCUUAAGUACUUGAGUCCCGUUUUGCUCCCACCCUUCUCCCUACAGCUCAAUAUACCACAACUUCUUUCCAAGACUGGCUUGCCUAUAGGUGUUUUGGAAAUCAAAGUGAAAAGUGCCCAAGGAUUAAAGGGGCUUAUGGGUAUGAUCAAAAAAACUGCUGAUCCAUACCUGACUCUUGAGCUCUCUGGUAAAAUAGUAGGUAAAACUAAGGUCGCCAAAAAUUCUACGAACCCUACCUGGAAUGAAUCCAUUUAUAUUCUUUUGCAAUCAUUUACCGAUCCACUGACAAUCACCGUAUAUGAUAAAAGAGAAAGGCUAAGUGAUAAGAAAAUGGGUAUAAUUGUUUUCAACUUGAACAGAUUACACGCAAAUCAUUAUCAAAAAAAUGAAAAGGUACAUUUUCUAAGAAAUUCCAAGCCUGUCGGCGAUUUGACAUUUGAUUUGCAGUUCUAUCCCACUAUUGAGCCUAAGAAAUUACUUAACGGUGAUGAAGAACCCUUACCAGAUAUGAAUACAGGUAUUACCAAAAUUAUUAUCAAUGAACUCAGGGGUUUGGAUGAACCCAAUGAGAAAAAUUCGGUCUUUGCUGAAUUGUAUAUCAACGCAGAAUUAGUGAUGACCACCAAAAAAGAGAAAAGAACCGCCAACUUAAAGUGGGACUCGGAUUAUUAUACCGUCAUAACUGACCGUAGAAAAACUAUUUGCAGAUUUGUCAUCAAAGACCAGAGUGGCAAUGUUAUCUCAUCUUCGGUACAACCUUUGAAUUAUUUGAUAGAUAGGACAGAAGUUGAUAAAGAAUGGAUUCCUCUAAAAGAUGGAAAGGGUGAAUUGAAGGUUAAAACCUAUUGGAGACCGGUGGCCAUUGACCUUGGAUUGGAAAGUGUCGGAUAUACUACUCCUAUCGGUAUGUUGAGAGUAUUCAUCAAUAAGGCUGAAAACCUGAGAAACCCAGAUAGCUUAGGAAAGGUUAGUCCUUACGCCAAAGUAUCAGUCAAUGGUACAGCGAGAGGUAGGACAAACCAAAGAACAGAAACAUUGAAUCCUAUCUGGAACCAAUCAAUUUACGUAUCUGUCACAUCACCUUUGCAAAAAGUGUCUAUUGACUGCAUUGGCACAGAUACAAAUGGCGAUGAUCAUACUCUCGGCAGCUUCAACAUCCAAACUCAAAAUAUAUAUCAUAAAGACGUUGAUGAUAGAUACACCAUUUCUAUCGACGAUACUCCAAGAACUGGAAAUUUGGUUGGAAAAAAGGGCGUGAAAGGUACUGUUACAUAUUAUUUAUCAUUUUACCCAGUUGUUCCUGUAUUAAGUUUGGAAGAGGCAAAGGAAGUCGACAACAUCAAUGAGAAAAAAGAUAAGUUAGAGAAGCAAAAGACCGUUUCAGAUAAUAAAACUAUCUCACGAGAAGAGAAGGAAAGAAUCAAAAAAGAAGAAGCUAGUCUCACCGAAAAGUAUGACAUGUAUAGCUUUAAGAUGAAACUCGAUCUGGAUGAAUUGCUGCAGUACAAUGCUGGUGCACUAGGUGUGACUGUAUUAGGCGGGGAACUACCUCAACCUGGCCUCUACGUUCAAACUUUUUUUGAUUCUUGUGGGUAUGCUACGAUCAACAGCGCAAAGAAUUCCAUCAGAACCAUUAAGACAGGCUGGUCUGGUGAUUUCAUGAUAAAAGAGCUUGAGUGGUCUGUGACUACGUUUAGAGUAACAAAAGUUAAGGAUGGGAAUAAAGCAGAAGAUUUCGUUUGUGAAGUUAAUAUUCCAACGAUUGAAUUAGUGAAAAACUGCUAUUACAAGCCUUCUGUGUUAAAUCUCAUAGGCAAAAAAAGUGCCAGAUUAUUGGUUCAGGUAUCAUGGUUCCCCAUAAAUACCUCGAAGUUACCCCAAUCAGACUUGAUUACAAACUCUGGUGACCUGAAGAUUACCGCUAAAGGUGCUGAAGCCCUAAUCGGUGUUAAUAAGAAUGGUUAUUCCGAUCCAUAUGUGGAAUUCUUCCUAAAUGAAAAUGGCACGUCACCUAUCUUCAAAACGGCGGUCCAGAAAAAGACAUUGAAUCCUUCUUGGAACGAAAGCAAAACCAUUGAAAUUUCAAACCGUGUCAAUGACUAUUUAACAAUUAACGUAAAGGAUUACGAGUCAACCAACUCCAACAGGAGUAUUGGAAAAGCCAUUGUUCCAUUAUCUACCGUCGAUCCAGAAGACGAUAGUACCUUUGAUAUACCAUUAGUGGGACCAAAAGGAGAGGACGGCGGAGUUUUGCAUCUUGAAUUUGAAUUUGAACCUCGCUAUACUAUUAAUGUGGUCAAACGUGAGGCUAGGCUCGGAAGCUUUGCUACCAAAGGGUUAGGUACGGGUAUCAAGGCUGGUUCCACAGUUUUCGCAUUAGGAGCCAAUGUUGUAGGCACCGGGCUAGGAACAAUCGAUAAAGUGAAGAUAGGAGUCUUUGGUGGCAAGAAGCGCACGCAUACUGGAGAUGAGAAAUCCAAUGAGAAGCAAUAG